AUGUCGCGGCCGAUCCAGACGUCGGAUAUCAUCUUCCCGGAGCUGUCGACGGAUUUCUCGACGACGCUCUCUUCGCUCAAGCGGGCGACGCUGUCCAUCUCCAACCGGCUGCGGUCCAUCUCCGAGGAUGCCGAGUUCGUGUGCGCCGUGGCCGACGCGUACCGGCGGCCGCUGGUGGCCAACGAGCGGUGCGGCAGCUGGUACAUCCCGCUGGAGCGCAAGGCCGCGAGCGCCUAUUUCAAGAGCACCGACGGCCACACCGGCGAGUGGUCCUUCAGCCUGAGGCGACUGAACAUCCAGGUGCUGGAAGUUGUGGGCGCGAAUGACGGAUGCAUAAUUGUCGACUCUACAAGACGAGGUAAAAGAAUGCCCGACGCCCUCUCCAAAACCGUCCCCAUCUGGUGCGCCAUCUGGAACGCCCUCCUCUUCCCCUCCACCUCAACCCCCUCAGACCCCAUCCCCAUCCACCUCCCCCCAACCACCGUCUCCGCCUCCGAACGCGCUCAAAUCACCUCCCGCCUCCCCACCUUCCUCGCCGCCGCCCGCGCCCUCAACCUCCCCCUCGACCGGCUGCGCGCGCAGCUCAAGAAGCCGCUGCGGCCGCUGUGGGUGACGCGGGACUCGCCGUUGCCCGGCGACGACGAAGGAGCCGCCGAGGGAACCGAGGGGACCGAGGGGACUGAGGGAGGAGCCGGGGGUGAGGGAGCAGGAGUGAUACCGUCCUUCCCGGACUUCCACCCCGUCAUCCUCUGCACGGCCAGCCGGCGCGUGCCGGGCGGCGAAGUGAGCGAGGGUGGCUACGUGCAGGGCGCGGGCGACGACAGCGAGGGCUGGGCGCGCGGGCUGACGGCGCCGCUGUUUUGGGGGGAGCGCCGCGACGAGCUGUUGCGGGCGUCGGAGGCGGAACUACCGGAGUUGAUUGCGGAGUUGGUGAAGGAAGCUUCCUUUUCUUUUGCUGGGGCUAGCGCCGGUGGUAGUGUUGAUGCGGUGCAGCUGGCGCCGGCGGGGUGGGUGUGGGUUUGCGCGGCGGGUGCGUUGAAGGGGAGGGCGGACGCGGGGCAGCAGUUCGAUGCUGUGGUGGAGUGCGGCGAUGCGCCGCCGGACGAGGCGCUGGUGAAGGGGUUGAAGGGCAGGUACCUCCACCUCAAGUGCGGGACGGGUAAGCUGGGGAGUCGGGACCUGCGGAACGAGAUCGCGAAGAUUGAGGAGUUCGUGCUAAGGCGCGUGCCGGAAGGCGGCGCGCGGAAACUGGCUGUCUGCUGUCAAACUGGGAAGGACCUGUCUGUCGGCGUGGCGCUAGCCGUGCUGUGCUUGUACGCGGACGAAGAAGGUCAACGCCUCGCCAACCCCAACGACGCCAUCACAAAAGACUUCAUCCGCCAGCGCCUCAGCUGGAUCAUGACCGCCUACCCGGCCGCCAGCCCCUCGCGCGCGACCCUGCAAUCCGUCAACGCCUUCCUCUUCUCCCCGCGCGAAAAGUUUCCUGCUCCUCAUCCUCCUCCUGUUCCUCCUGCUCCCCCCUCCUCAGCCACUCCCUCCUCAACCACCCCAAUGACCACCCCCCUCUCCAAAACCUUCGCCUCCCUCACCACCACCACCGCGAAUCCCUGGACCCUCGCCCGCACCCUGACCUCGCACCUACCCCCCAGUAGCGGCGGCACGCCGUCAGGCAGCUUCGCCGGCACGGCGACCUUCGCGCCGCGCGCGCCGACGGCCGCCGGCUACGCGGCCGAGUGCCUGUACGCGGAAGAAGGCGUGCUGCGGACCGAGACGGGGCUGGAGGUGGCCGCGCGGCGGCGGUACGUGUGGAGGUAUCGAGAAGGACGAAGGGAGAAGAAAGAGGCGGGGAAGGAAGAAGAGGGGGAGCAAGAGGAGGGGAUCUCGAUCUGGUUCGUCAAGGAGGAUGGGGAGAGCGUGGAUUACUUGUUCUUGGAUAUGGAGUUCCAAGGUGGCGAAGGAGGCGGCAAGAAGCUCAGGGCGAAGGGGAGGCAUCCGUGUGGGCGGGAUAUGUAUGAUGCAGAGUUUGUGUUUGGGGGUGGUGGUGAGCAGGGGAUGGUCGUGACGUACGUUGUCAAGGGCCCGAAGAAGGAUUAUAUCAGUGAGACGAGGUACACGCGCUGA